UCCGGCCGGCCCCUCCGCCGCCCGCCAUGCGGCGGCUUUCACUGCUGCUGCUGCUACUGCUGGGGCAGGGGCUUGGGGGGCAACCCCAGCCCGACCCCCCCUCGGGCGCCCAGUGCUUGGAGCACGAUUGCUUUGGCAUCUUUUGGGGGGCUCGUCCCUUCGCGGAGGCCAGCGCAGCGUGCGAAAGGGGUGGCGGCCACUUGAUGACCGUCCGUUCCACCGUGGCGGAGGAUGCCAUCGCCCUGCUGCUGCAGAACCGUAGCGGGCGACUGUGGCUGGGGCUACGCUUGCCCCGGCCUUGCACCGACCCGGCUCAACGCCUGCGGGGCUUUCAGUGGGUGACGGGCGAUGGCCGCACCGACUAUUCCAACUGGGAGCCCUCGACGGGGCAGCAGACGUGCGGGGAGAGGUGCGUGACAGUGUCCCGGGAGCUGCGGUGGGAACAGCGGAGGUGCGAGGAGCCGGCCGACGGCUUCCUCUGCGAGUACAACUACAGGGGCAGCUGCCCACGCUUGCCCCCCGUCGAGGGGCUGCCCGUCACCUACACCACCCCCUUCGACGCCCGCGGCGGGGACUUCCUGGCUCUUCCCCCCGGCAGCGUCGCCCUCAUCCCAGCCAUGGGGCUGGAGCUGCGCUGCGACGAGGCAGGGGACAGCGGGGGGCUAAGGUGGGGCCGUAAUGCCCCGGGGGCUUGGCCUUGCCGCCUGGAUAACGGGGGCUGCGAAGGGGCCUGCAGCGAGGAGGGCGGGGGCCGGCCGCGCUGCUCCUGUCCCGACGGCAAGAUGCUGGCCCCCGACGGCCGCGGCUGCAGUUCGCCCUGCGCCGGAGCUCCGUGCCAGCACCACUGCGUGGUGGCCGGCAGCAGCUUCGUCUGCAUGUGCGAUCAGGGGUACCAGCUGGCGGCCGACGGCAGCAGCUGCAAGGACAUCGACGACUGCGCCACGGUGCCCAGGCUGUGCGAGCAGGUCUGCAUCAACACCUUGGGCGGCUUCUUGUGCAGCUGCUACCGCGGCUACGAGAUGGUGAAGGAGCGCUGCCAGCCCAUAUCCCGCUGCCAAGAGACACCCUGCGAGCAGCAAUGCGAGGACGUGCCUGAGGGGGACGGGUACCGCUGCAGCUGCUCCCCUGGAUACGCGGUGGACCCGCGGGACCCCACCCGGUGCCUCCGGCACUGCAACGUCAGCCAGUGCCCAGCUGAGUGCGACAGCUACGGUGAGUCCUGUGAGUGCCCCGACGGCUUCGUGCUGGAAGAGGAUGACGAGGGGCAGAUGAUCUGCUUGGACUUUGAUGAGUGUAGCAUGAACUACUGCUCAGACAACUGCACCAACCACCCGGGUGGCUACCAGUGCCACUGCCAGGAUGGCUACCAGCUCUUUGACCAGAACGACUGUGUCAAAAUCCCACUGGGGGAUAAGGAGGAAGAGUACUCGGGGGAUUUUGGGCCCCAGACCCCCAUCCCCAGCCGGACUCCACCUAAGGUAGGGCAUCUCCAUCCCGGUGUGCUGGUGGGCAUUGCUGUGGGUGCCCUCUCCGCCACCCUGGCCCUGCUGGCCCUGGGCUACCACCUGGUGAGGAAGCGCUGCAGGCCUGCUGCCUCCAUGGAUUACAAGUGCAGCGGCCCCCACGAGAAGGAGAUGGGACUUCAGCCAGUUGCCUCUAGCUGUGCCACCUCUGGCCAGAAACUGUAGGGAGGCUGGGAUGGAUGGAGAGAGAGGGAGGUGGACAGAACUGGGUAACAUUUACUUCCUUGCCCCUACACCCCCCAGCAAUUUUUUUAAUGAUAAAGAGCAUUUGGGAAAAGCUGUGAUCAUCCCCACUCCCAAAAAAUACUCGCUGCUUUCCAGCUGGCUCUUGCAAUGCUCUCUCUGUAGAGCGGGUUGGGUGGAAGGCACAGAGUGCUUUGUUUCAGCUCCCUUUGCUCACUCAGCUUUCCUUUUCCUGAGCCAGCUGCUGGAGGGGGCUCCAAGGAAAAUCCACAUUACAGGAGGGAUGUCUCCAUCUGGAACUGUUUAAAUCCACAUCAAUGUGGGGGAGAGCACGCGUGCCACAGCUGGCAGAGGCGUUGCAGAGCAUGGAAGGUUGCUUUGCCCCAAUUUCCCCUCUUCUUGGCAGGGAGUGUGCCGUUGGGCUGGACGUGACUGUUUUCCCAGGGUGGUGAGGAGCUGGGAUGCUCCUGCCAUUGGUCUGGGUUAAGUUUUGGUUUUUUGAGUGACGGAAGAAGGAGCAAAGAUCUAGUAGUGGUCAGCACUUUGCCUUGCUCACCAGCAGAAAUCUCAGUUUUUGGUCACCCCUCCAUCUUUUAUCUCUCACCUCUGCCAGCUGAGCACUUUUCACCAUAAAUCCUGAGUGACAGUGAGGAUCCUGCUCAGAGUCCCCAUGUGAGGGCUCAAAUGCCUGAUUUUUAUUCCAUAUUACCAUUUCUGGGCUUUUUUUGGGGUACUAUGGAGGUUAAAUUUGGGUCCCAAGAAUGUUAGGGUAAUUUUUUCCAUGCUAGGAAAGGUCAUUCACAGCCUCACAUUCCCUAUGCAAAUUCUUCCACAAUUUUCUGCUGUUCUUGGGUUAAACUGUUUGGGUUUGGGGGUUUUUUGUGUGUUUUUGUUGUUUUGCUGGUUUUUUGUUGUUGUUGUUGUUUUUUGUGGUUUUUUUUUUUCCACAACCCUUCUUAACUGACCCCUCCUGUCUGCAGUGUUUUUUCCUGUAUUCCUUCAGUUUUGUCCCAGGGCUGAGUUUAAAACAUGUUGAAGCUUGUGGGAAAACUUUCCUGGGGGGACAGGAUCCAGCCCGCUGCUUGCUUCCCAGCCACGGACUGCGGGGAAAUCUAGGAAUUGUGUGUUUUUCCAGCUCUGCACAACAAGCACGCUGCCAGAGGGGGGUGUGUGUGUGUGUCCCCUCUUGAUAUGAUGGAGCUGCGUUGCAUCCUCCAAGGGAAAUGAAAAAAAUGUUUUAUUUUGACCUUAGCUUUCCUGAUGUAAAUGGUUCCACCCACUGUUUUAUACACCCAGCACAUUUGUAAAUAUUUAUUUAUUGGAAAUAUACCCUACGCAAUGCCCAAUCACAUGGUGAUUUUGUGUGUAGACCAAUAAAGCUUUUACAGUCUGGUUUAUAGAAA